GUGUGGCUUUUCGAAACAGAAUAAUCCUAGAAAAUUUACAAAAAGGCGAAAAGGGCCGUAGAGAAAAAAUACUACGAAUUAUAGGUUCAUUUGGAAGUUUUUGAGAUAAAAAGGUUAAUUUGAAUGGCGUCUGGACUCCAUAAAGAUUUAAUCUUAGUGAUAUUGCAGUUCCUCAAUGAGAAAGGGUUCAAAGAAACCGCUCACAUGCUUGAGCAAGAAUCAGGGCUUUUCUUUAACAUGGAGCAUUUUGAGGAGCUGGUUCUUAACGGGGAUUUGGAUGAGGUUGAGAAGUGUCUUUCCGGGUUCAGUACAUGGGAUCAUAAUAGUUCAUCAAAGAAGAUCUUUUUCGAAAUCCGAAAGCUGAAAUACCUUGAGGCAUUAAACAGGGAUGAUAAGGUCACUGCUAUUGAUAUCCUUCAGAAUGAUCUGAAAGUUUUUGCUUCUUCUAAUGAAGAUUUGUACAAGGAGCUCACUCAGAUUGUAACCUUGGAUAACUUCAGGGAGAAUGCGCAUUGUGGGGAUCUAAAUGCUGCAAGAGAAAUUAUGCUGGUUGAGAUCAAGAAGCUUAUUGAGGCAAAUUCUCUUUUCAGUCUAGAUAAGUUAGUGUUACCUGACAUGGAAAGUAACAGGUUACAAAUGCUCAUCAAUCAAAGCUUAAACUGGCAGCACUCUCUUUGUUCGAAUCCCUUGCCAAAUCCUGAAGCAAGAACUAUUUUCGUGGAUCAUAAAUGUACAAGCUCCACUGGUCAAUCUAGUACAAAUCCAAAUCCAGCUGAUGUGUUAGAGGAUCAUGAAGAUCCUAAUAGUAUUUCAACAUCAAGCGAUUCUGAUAGCAUGUCAACAGCAACACCUUCUACAUCUGUUGAUGAGACAACUUUUACUGGAGAAAACCAAAGUCAGAAUUCCUUGGCACUUAACACAAUUGAUGACUUGCCCAAAUUUGUUGUCCGGACAAUGAAUUUUCGAUCAUUACCCACAAGCAUGGACUUUCAUCCUAUUCAACACUCACUGCUUCUGGUUGGAACGGAUAUUGGGGACAUUAGGUUGAGGGAAGUGAGAACUAACGAAACAAUGGCUUCGGUAAAUUUUCAGCCAGAUUUUAUAAGAGUAUCUCGUCUUUCAGUUAGACGAAUUUUAUGGAGCCCUGAUGGUUCAUUAUUUGGAGUUGCUUAUUCUAUGCACAUGGUGCAAUUGUUCAGAUAUUUUGGACGAGGUGAUAUCCGACUUCAUUUGCAGAUUGAGCCUCACAUUGGCAGUGUAAAUGAUAUAGCAUUUUGCAUCCCCGCUAGGCAGCUAUACGCUAUUACUUGUGGCGAUGACAAGACAAUCAAGGUGUGGGACACUGCUACUGGUGCUCAAUUGCAUGUAUUUGAAGGUCAUGAGGCUCCUGUAUAUUCUGUCUGUGCUCCUAACAAUGAAAAUUUUCAUUUUUUCUUUUCAACAUCAAUAGAGGGAAAGAUAAAUACAUGGUUGUAUGACCAUGCUCGAUCUAUAGAUGAUUGUUAUGCACCUGGUCGCUCCUGUUCGAGAAUGUCAUAUAGUUCUGAUGAGAAAAGAUUGUUCUCGUGUGGGACUACAAGGGAAGGUGAAUCAUACAUGGUUGAAUGGAAUGAAAAUGAAGGAACCGUUAAGAGAGCCUACCAAGGGUUUAACAACCGUUCCUUAGAAGUUGUACAGUUUGACACUUCUAGGGAUCACUAUUUGGCUGCUGGUGAUGACUACCUUGUUAAAUUCUGGGACAUGGACAAGUCAACUGUCCUGGCAACUACCAAUGCUGAGGGAGGACUAAUGGCAACUCCACGCAUUCGAUUUAACAAGGAGGGCUCUCUGUUAGCUGUUUCCGCAAGUGGCAACAGAAUAAAAAUCCUGGCAACAAUGGAUGGCCUUUCGUUGAUGAGUAUCUGUGAAAGCUAUGCACCUGCUGCCUCGUGAAAGCCCCGCACGUUCAGCAUAUAGACGUGCAGCAUCGGAGACCCAUGUGCAGUUUCACCAAGAUAGGUUCAGCUUGCCACCAACACCAUAUGACACCCUUGUCAAGACCCUAGUCAGUUUGCAAU